AUGGUGACCAUCGAGGAGACUCCUCCGGAGACAAAGCUGUACCGGGGGGUGGGCCGCUGCUUCCUGCUGGGCGAGCGGCCGUCCAUGCUGGAUGAGAUGAAGAGCACCUUGGACGGCAUCGAUGAGGAGCUGCCAAAGAUGCAGAGGGCCAGCCAGGAGCUCGAGAAGCGAAAGGAGGACGCGGAGAAGGAGCUCCGGGAAAUGAUCAGCGCCUUCCGCCAGCAAACGGCCGCCAGCGCCGCGUGA